AGUGUUGUACUUUGUUAAAGCUGUGUCCUUAAACCCAAAACUGAAACACACACAGAAGACAGAAGAACUCGAAACAGCUCCAAACGUGUGAGUCUGAGAUUCCUCAGCUCUCUCUGAAACACAAAAGACAAUAUUAAAGUUUUGCUCUGUUUUUUUUUUUUUAAUUAAUGCUUUUUAUAAUUUUUCAAUUCCUUAUGCAAUCACUAGGUCAGAUCAACAACAACAACCCUAAUAAUGAUUCACAGUAAAUUUUUUUUUUAAAAUUUUUUUUCACAAAAACCCUAAGGGUUUCUUACAUCGCCGUCGAUUUUUUUCUUCUAACUCUCUAUAAAACCCAGUUUCUUCUUAAAGUUUCGAUUUUUCUAUUUCUCAUCAUCUGAUCAUUGUGUUUAGGGUUUUUUUUUUUUUUAAUUGAAAACGACAGUAAUACAUGGAGAUUGGAUUUUGAGUACUAGCUUAAAGUUUUGAUCUUUGGGUUUAGUUUUGGGGUAUAAAGGUGUCAUCUUUAGGAUUUUUAGCGUAAUUGAUUUUGGGGGUUUCUUGUUGUUUAGGUGAUGAUGAUACCGGAACUAGGGAGAAGACCGAUGCAUAGAGGUAACGAAGAUUCAUCUUUUGGGGAUGAUUACGAGAAAGAGAUUGGAGUAUUGCUUGGUGAGCAGCAGAGAAGGCAAGUAGAGGCGGAUGAGCUUGAGAGAGAGCUUAACUUGUAUAGAAGUGGCUCUGCUCCACCGACUGUUGAUGGUUCUCUUAGUGCUGCCGGAGGGCUUUUUAGCGGCGGAGGUGGGGCUUCUUUUCUGGAAUUUGGUGGAGUUAAUAAGGGUAAUGGGUUUGGUGGUGAUGAUGAGGAGUUUAGGAAAGAUCCAGCUUACUUGUCUUAUUACUAUGCUAAUAUGAAGUUGAAUCCGAGGUUGCCACCUCCUUUGAUGUCUAGGGAGGAUUUGAGGGUUGCUCAGAGGCUUAAAGGGAGUAAUAAUGUGUUAGGUGGUGUUGGGGAUAGGAGAAAAGUGAAUGACAGUCGGUCUUUGUUCUCUAUGCCACCUGGUUUUGAGGCUGGAAAACCUGGUGCUUCUGCUUCUGAGUGGGAUGCUAAUGGAUUGAUUGGUUUGGGACUUGGAGGCAAGCAGAAGAGUUUUGCUGAUAUCUUUCAGGCGGAUAUGGGGCAUCCUGUUGUACAGCAGCCCUCACGUCCUGCUAGUCGUAAUACCUUUGAUGAGAAUGUUGACUCUAAUAAUAACCUGUCUCCAUCUGCAUCACAAGGCAUUGGAGCGCCAUCUCCAUACUGCUAUGCAGCUGUUCUGGGUUCAUCUUUGUCUAGAAAUGGAACUCCAGAUCCACAGGGCAUUGCUAGGGUGCCUAGUCCUUGCCUUACUCCCAUUGGCAGUGGAAGAGUGAGUUCAAAUGAUAAGAGGAACACAAGUAAUCAAAGCCCGUUCAACGGUGUUACAUCUGGUCUCAACGAGUCUUCUGAUCUUGUCAAUGCUUUAUCCGGCUUGAACCUGUCAGGCACUGGCGGGCUAGAUGAACGUGGUCAGGCUGAGCAAGAUGUCGAAAAGGUCAGGAACUAUAUGUUUGGACUGCAAGAUGGGCAUAAUGAAGUCAAUCCACAUGGGUUCCCAAACAGAUCUGAUCAAGCUAGGGGAACUGCUUCGUGCAGGAAUUCACAAAUGAGAGGGUCACAAGGAUCUGCAUAUAAUAGUGGAAGUGGAGUAGCUAAUCCUUACCAGCAUCAUGAUAGCCCAAACUAUUACGCAUUAAAUCCAGCUGUAGCUUCUAUGAUGGCUAACCAACUUGGAACUAAUAACUAUUCUCCAAUGUAUGAAAAUGCUUCUGCCACUUUGGGAUAUUCUGCAAUGGACUCCAGACUUCAUGGUGGAAGUUUUGUUUCUUCUGGUCAAAACCUCUCUGAAUCACGAAAUAUUGGCAGGGUCGGUAAUCGAAUGAUGGAAGGAGGUACGGGUCACCCGUCACAUCUUGCAGACCCGAUGUAUCAUCAGUAUGCAAGGUUCUCUGAAAAUGCUGAUUCGUUUGAUCUUCUUAAUGACCCUUCAAUGGACAGGAACUAUGGUAAUUCAUACAUGAAUAUGCUUGAAAUUCAGAGGGCUUAUCUCGGAUCUCAGAAAUCACAGUAUGGUCUUCCUUACAAAUCAGGGAGCCCUAACAGCCAUAGCUAUUAUGGCAGUCCAACAUUUGGGUCUAAUAUGUCAUAUCCUGGCAGCCCAUUGGCUCAUCAUGGUAUGCCAAACUCUCUUAUGUCACCUUACAGCCCUAUGAGACGAGGUGAAGUAAAUAUGCGAUAUCCCGCUGCAACAAGAAACUAUACUGGAGGGGUAAUGGGUUCUUGGCACAUGGAUGCUAGUUUGGAUGAAGGAUUUGGAUCUUCAAUGCUUGAAGAGUUCAAAAGUAACAAAACAAGAGGGUUCGAACUUUCUGAAAUAGCUGGCCAUGUUGUAGAGUUCAGUUCGGAUCAGUAUGGAAGCCGGUUUAUUCAGCAGAAACUCGAGACAGCAACAACUGAUGAGAAAAACAUGGUUUAUGAGGAGAUCAUGCCAAAAGCUCUUGCCCUGAUGACUGACGUUUUUGGAAACUAUGUGAUUCAGAAGUUCUUUGAGCAUGGACUCCCACCACAGAGAAGAGAAUUGGGAGAGAAACUCAUUGACAAUGUUUUGCCUCUUAGCUUACAGAUGUAUGGUUGUCGUGUCAUCCAGAAGGCAAUUGAGGUGGUUGAUCUAGACCAGAAAAUCCAAAUGGUCAAAGAACUUGAUGGACAUGUGAUGCGAUGUGUACGUGAUCAGAAUGGGAACCAUGUGGUUCAAAAGUGUAUUGAAUGUGUGCCUGAAGAAAACAUUGAGUUUAUUAUUUCAACUUUCUUUGGCCAUGUGGUGACCCUCUCCACUCACCCAUACGGGUGCCGUGUUAUUCAGAGAGUAUUGGAACACUGCCAUAACCCUGAUACACAGAGUAAGGUUAUGGAAGAAAUCCUGUCCACUGUUAGUAUGCUGACCCAAGAUCAGUAUGGAAACUAUGUUGUUCAGCAUGUACUGGAGCAUGGAAAGCCUGAUGAGCGCACUGUGAUAAUCAAAGAGUUAGCGGGGAAGAUUGUUCAGAUGAGCCAACAGAAGUUUGCAUCAAACGUUGUUGAGAAGUGUUUGACUUUUGGAGGUCCUGAGGAACGGGAAUUGCUGGUGAAUGAGAUGCUGGGCACAACUGAUGAAAACGAGCCUCUUCAGGCGAUGAUGAAGGAUCAGUUUGCAAACUAUGUAGUGCAAAAAGUCCUGGAGACAUGUGAUGACCAACAGCGUGAACUGAUACUGACUCGUAUUAAAGUGCAUCUGAAUGCUCUAAAGAAAUACACUUACGGAAAGCAUAUCGUUGCCCGUGUUGAAAAACUCGUUGCUGCUGGAGAGAGGAGAAUGGCUUUGCAGUCAUUACCCCAGCCUCUGGUGGCGUAAGGCCGCAAGUGUUGUACAGCUUAACUAGGGUGGAUGGCUCUGCCAUAACGUUUUGAGAAUUAGGUAAGAUCUAAACCAAAAAUCUGCGGAGAAAUAAUGAGAGAGAGCUUUGUUUUGUUCUCCGCAAAAUCUGUACAUUGUGUAGUUUCUUACCGUUUUGACUAUACAUAGAACCAAAGAUCCCCCUUAGGCUGAUGAGUGAGUGAGAUAAAAGGCAGAGAAUGGUGUAAAGAAAAAUGGUGAGGAUUUUAGAGUUUUUCCUUUCACAUGUACAAAAAGAAUGGCUCUUACGCCAAUGUGUAGAAUGCUUUUUAGAACAAUCCCAGUUUAUUUCACGAUAAAUUCUUUUCUGUUUCUAUAAUUUUUAGCCUUUUUUUU